AAAUGUUUGCUUAAGGAUAAUAAAAUGGGUAGUAUGCGGUUUCAAAUAAUUUCUUUUGUCCGUUAACAUUGAGAAUAAGCGAAGUGUUUCUAACGGCGAAUUUCACAUUGUUAAUUAAUAUAAUUGUCAGUGCCGUCUAAAUAUAUUUAUACUAAGUAACAAGAUGGAAUCAAAUUAUGGCAGUAGCAGCUGCAGCAUGUUUUACAACAGUUUGGCACAAGAAGUAGUUCGUUACAGUGAGGAUUAUGUUGAAAAUGGAGUGGAGAAAAUACUAGCUUGUUUAAAAUACAUAAAUAUAAGAUGUACAGGAACAAAAUGCCCAUGCCGAGAUCCACAAAUGCAUAGAAUAUUGUUGGAUAGAUUAAUAUCGCAGUUUCCAGGUUGUUUGCAGGAUAAAGAUGAAGCUCACAUAGCAUUUGUAGCAGGUAAAGAAGGCUAUAAAAUUAUAUCACAUUUUUUUAAAUUACCAUUCAGAACCUUGAUGAUUUAUGAAAGAAUUAAAAUGUAUCCUGGUUUGAAUGUUAAUAUUGUGGAUACACUUAAGAAAUACAUUAGUAGAAACGUUGAUGUUAAAGAUAGACUUAUUACGUUGAUUUUCAAUGAAAUGUCUGUUGUUCCUCAUUUAAAGUACGUGCCUAGAAGAGGUUUACUAAGUGGAUUUGAGGAUAAAGGUUAUGCAAAGAUGUAUAAAAAAGCAGAUUGUGCUCAGUUAUUUGUGGUGAGGAGUCUCUAUAAGAAUUGGAAAAUUCCUGUGAGCUAUGUCUUUAGUAAGGGACAAACAAACUCUUCGACCAAAGUAAAAUACAUAAAAAAAAUAGUGAGGAAGUUAACAGAAAUAGGAUUUGUUGUUGCAGCACUUAUAUGUGACGAUAGUGGAACAAAUUGUGCAGCAAUUGAAAUGCUUUUAGAGGAUUCCACCAGACAAUACAUUGCAGAAAAUAGGAAACCCAAGGAAAAUAUUAUAAGAAUCGAUGAAUGCGAAAUUGUACCUAUAUACGAUAUUUCGCAUCUCAUUAAAACUGUGCGAAACCAUUUAUUAAAUCAAAAUUUGAAAUUUGUUUUUAAAGGAGAGACUUUAACUGCUAACUGGGAGGACAUCAAAACUACCUAUUCAAUUGUUUUAAAUUCAAAUUUAAGCUCAGGUUUCUUGGAAAAAUUUACUACAAAACACGUAUACCCAGAAAUGAUGGAUGUUUCCACAGCAGUGCAAGUGUUUAAUGAGAAAAUAGGUGGAUAUAUGAAUCUUUUAAUAGACUGUAAGUUGUCCUACCCAAAUGGGCCACAAUUUACAUUGGAGUCAAAAGGCACGGUAGCACUAUUCUACAAUACUGGUAUUUUGUAUGAAAGUCUCAAUAUUGGUCUAAUGAAAACUGGAUAUAUGAAAUCGAAAAGAUGUAUUGCAACACAUCAUUUGCGUUUAUGGCAUGAGGCCGAGGAAGUCGUGAAAACUAUGAGAUUUGUGAGUGGGGAAAAUGAAAUAAGACCACCGGUACUGAACAAUAUUCUGACGACAAUAAAAGGAUUCAUCAAUUUGCAAUCAAUUCUGUUGAAGAAAAGGGAUAUAGACUAUUUGCCGACAAAACAUUUUAGUCAGGGUUCUAUCGAGGAUAGUUUUCCUCAAUUAAGACUAACACAACUAGCAAUUGCAAAGAAAUAGUUAUGUUUUGCAUUUAUUUUUUGUAAUUAAGAAAUAUCUUUAUGUUCAA